AUGGACAAAAUAGCGAAACUGCGAGUUGUGCGAAAUUGUAAACUGGAGAUUAAGCCUGGCCUGACGGCCAGAGUAGAUGGGAUUAGCGACCCGGAGGGAACUGCAAUCUUGUUUAUGGAACAUUUCAGGUUACACCCUAUGAAAGGAAUAUACAUAACAAGUAACUUAUGUUUUCCCAGGGAUAGUUACUUAGCAGCAGCCCGAUCAGAUCACGAAGAGUCUCCUCAACAAUAUUUACCGGACUUACCUGAAUCAUCUGUACGAGGCUCCAAAGCAUUUACCAACACCAAUUCUCACCAAUAUCAUGGAACAAACACUAGGGGAAAUUCUCAAGAAUAUGGACUUCCUAGAUUCCGUGGCGGAUUAUCUCAGGAACAUGGAUAUCCUAACUUGCGCAGUGGUACAGAAUCUGGGAGAAAAUUAUCACAGGAUUAUGCACCGUCAGUCCGUCUCUCACAAGAGUACGACUCUCUUAGCUCUUUGGGAAGAUCUUUUCGGCGGUUAAGUCAAAAACAGGAAGAUCUCAACGGUGUGUUGUCGACAACGUACAACAUACCUAAUGGAUGGAGUAUCUCUCAGGAAUAUGGUGUGCCAGAAACAGGAGCAGCUUUGAAAUCAAGCACCCUUGCAUCAUCUUAUCCAUCAACUAGAUCACCAUCUCGGGAAUACGGCGCACCAUCAUCUCGUACCGCCAUGCCCUCGCCGCAGUACGGGGCUUCAAGAAACCUCGACGGAUACUCAGACCAGAGCUACGAGAGCUAUGCAAGAAAUUCUUUAGAAUUGCUUAAUCAGGUGGUAGAUUACGAGGCUGAUGAAGAUGGAUUCAAGCCAAGGAUCUCGGUUAUACCAGCCGACACUGCAUCUAGCCGCGCAGGUGACUGGCCUUAUUGA